AACGCCACUGAAGUGACAAAUUUUAGUUCUCCUGAGCAGAUAACCAAAAGUCCUAUGUGUACUCGUGGUUUUUACUGGCCAAUUCACUCUCCCUUGAUCGCGUUUCUCUUGCUAAUUCUGGCAGCAAACGGCAUCGAGAUUGUUUUGAUGGCUUGGAAAGAAGCACUAAGGACAGUCAGUAACAUGUUUCUCGUUUCGUUGGCUGUUUCUGAUUUUCUCUUUGGACUCGUUGGGAUUCCUCUUUACAUAAUUUGCUCGUUGGAAAUUUCAUUUAAGGCCUGCGUAAGUUCCGUCCUAGUUGUACGAUUCACCGCCAUAUCCUCAGUGUUUCACCUUCUGGUUAUCGCUUGCGACCGUUACGCAAUAAUCGUUCACUCCAUGACAUAUCACCAGCGUUUGACGAAACCGCGAGCUACCGUCCUCAUCACGUUCAUCUGGUCACUAACGUUCCUGUCAUCUUUCAUUCAACUGUCCUGGUACAACGUCAGCAGCAAAUCUUUGGCUAUCAAAGAAGGAAAAGUCCAAUUUGAUAGAGUCUAUUUGCUAUUUGUGUUGGUGGUGUUCUUACUUAUGCCCUUAUUGUCAAUGCUUCUCGCAUACAGCCACAUCUUGUUGAUUUCCUUCCGACACAUUUUUGCUGUACGACGGCGCCAAAGAAAUCUAGAUCAGCGUCUUGCGCCUAUCGUGCAUGACCUAAGAGGAACCUUCAUCCUUGCGACAAUGAUGCUGAUUUUCAUUGGAUGCUGGCUGCCUUUUUUUAUUCAAAUGCUCCAAGAUCACAUCCCAGAGAAGUUCUUUGUUAUUAAUCAAAACUGGGGUUUCUGUGUGAUCAUUUAUCUCCGUUUUAUUCCUCCACUGACGAAUCCCCUUCUCUGUGCUUUCUGUAAAAGGGAUUUUCGUCGUGCCUGGUCGAGUCUCAUUCGCCAGCCAUGGUGGCCGAGUCCUGCAAAUCUUUAUUCUCUUCCUUCAUUCUCUGGAGCACGUGACAGGACAACCUCCACGGUC